UGAACUGGGCUGCUUCAUAAUUUGGUAAAGUUGGGCCUUAGAAACGAAGAGAACGAUGAAGACGAAGUCGUCGUCCUAAAGUUUGCUACCUGCCAUUUGAAGCACGGGGGACGCAAAGAGAGCUUCUGGUGAAAUUCUAGAGAUCUCCGGUUAGCCAUUGGAGGUGCUAGGAAUCGAAGAAGAAGAAGAAGACGAGGGAGACAAAGAGAGAUGUUGCCGACGGUCUCGAAAGUGCGGUCGUCGUCCUCUACAUCUCGAAGUAACCCAAUGUUCGUUCAGUAUCUUCGCCGAAUAAUCAAGUGGCAACAAAUGGAUAUUGAAUAUACCUUUUGGCAAAUGCUUCAUUUAUGUACCUCUCCAAAAGUUGUUUAUCAGCACACCAAGUAUCACAAACAAACUAAGAAUCAAUGGGCACGUGAUGACCCUGCUUUUGUUGUGAUCUGUAGCCUUCUACUGGCAGUGGCAACAAUGGCAUAUUGCGCUGCGUACGAUCAUAGUGCUGGACAUGCUGUUUUUGUAGUUAUUUCAGUGUUGCUUUUCCAUUUUUUAAUAAUGGGGAUACUUCUUGCGACAUUUUGUUGGUUCAUCACUAAUUCUUACCUCCGGGAAGAGGCUCCAAACAGUCACGUGGUAGAGCAACGAGUUGAAUGGCUGUAUGCAUUUGAUGUGCACUGCAACUCUUUCUUUCCGAUGUUUGUGAUGCUUUACGUGAUCCACUAUUUUUUGUCACCUCUUCUGAUAGCUCAUGGUUUCAUUCCUGUACUGCUAUCAAAUUUGCUAUUCAUGGUCGCUGCUUCAUACUAUCAUUAUCUCAACUUCUUAGGCUAUGAUGUCCUACCCUUUCUUGAGAAGACAGCCUUUUUCCUAUAUCCAAUUGGUGUUGUCAUCGUCCUUUCUCCCAUCUUUAUUUUGAUUGGCUUCAAUCCGUCAAGAUAUUUUAUUAACAUCUACUUCAGUCAUCGUUUAUGAUUUAUUAGAACCCGACACUUGAAAAGAACACAUAAUUGAGGUGGGUGAACUAAUUCAGAGACAACAUGGAAAAGUAGAAAAAGAGUUUUAGGACGCUUGAUUGUUUCUAUCCUAUCUAAAAAGUGAGAGAGGGUAGAUGGUCCCACAUGGAGAAAAUAGAAGGCUUCUAUAUUUGUGUGGGCCCCUUUCACCACGAUGAAUGAAGACUAUGAGAGAGGGCGUCCAAGUGUUUUUUGUUUUUUGGGUGUUCGGAAUAUUGAUCAAAAGAGCUGUAUGGAAUGUAAUGAUUUCCACACCCCCCAUGUUAAAUCUAUUUUCUGUACCAAAACAUAUUUUUGACAAAUCUUAUAGUUGUUGACUCCUUCAAGGGUUUGCUAUUUCUGCCCUCUAAAAA